AUGACUCCCUACACAUCCGGCCAAGGGCGAGACCUCUCGCCAGCGCCGGCGCCAGGGGCUCACUUGAGGCCUGAGUCGAAACCCACAGACGGCAAUGAGAAAAAGCCAGAUCCAAAUUUGAGACCAAGACCCGACGAGAAGACUGCUAAGGAAAUCGAGCGGUUUAUCAAACUACACUAUGUCCGUUCUAGGCCAUACGACAAGUGCAUGGACAUUUUCUACGGACUAGACAAACCAUCAAAUAUGAAGCCCUCGACUCAUUGGAGUACCCUUUCUUUUAACCUUUCCGGCUACGACAACUGGACAGUUUCCGAAGAGGAGUUCAAGAUCUUCCUAGGAAAGCUCAAGUUCAGCGAUGUGCUCCAAUAUAUUGGGAUUCCAAAAGUCCCGCUCAUCCAUCGGAAAGCUGCUGUUAGUCGGGAGCCUCGUGGCAGUGCUAUUGGGAGAAAUGAUCUCCUCUUUGUGUCUGACUGCCUUCGUGACAAGGGAGUCAAAUCCAUCCUUGUCGUCAUGGUGGACGAUGAGCCGACCGUAUCCGACAACUCAGAAGCCUCACAUACCUGA